UAACUAUCCUGAAUGUGUUGAUGUGAGAGGGCUUUUUUAAUAUUUUUUCAGUUUUAUGCCUUCUUCAAUUCGAUUCGCAUCCUCUUCUUCUUCCUCCCCGCUUCCGUCGCAGUCGCCAUCCCUAUCCCCAUCGUCAUUCGUUGGUCUCUUCCGGUGCUACAAUAAUCUGCGAUACAACUCUUAAAAUCAUUAUUAAUUCAACUUGCCUACUGCUUAACUAGUUGUGGAUAAUUUCAACCGUCGUGGCUGGCAGAGAGGCAUAAUUCGAAUCGUUUUUGGAUUUAGAUUCUUGAAAUGCAUCGUGUUGCAAGUGCUGGAAACAGUAAUUCAACUUCAGUACGUAGUCGCAAGGAAAAGAGGUUGACUUACAUAUUAAAUGAUGCAGAUAAUAUGAAGCAUUCUUCUGGUGUGAACUGUUUAGCUGUCUUGAAGUCUUCAGGACAAGAUGGAUGCAAUUAUCUCUUUACUGGUAGCCGUGAUGGCACAUUAAAGAGAUGGGAAUUAUCUGAAGAUCGUGCUUCUUUCUCUGCUACAUUCGAGUCUCAUGUUGAUUGGGUUAAUGAUGCUGUUCUUACAGGUGAUAAAACAUUGGUUUCUUGCUCAUCAGAUGCCACUGUUAAGGUGUGGAAUAGCCUGUCUAAUGGGACAUGUCUCAGGACUUUGCGUCAACACUCAGAUUAUGCUACUUGCCUUGCUGCUGCUGAAAAUAAUAGCAACGUAAUUGCCUCUGGUGGCCUUGGUGGUGAGGUUUUCAUAUGGGAUCUUGAAGCUGCACUUGCUCCAGUUUCCAAAUCAAAUGAUAUGAAUGUAGAUGACAGUACAACGUGUACAAAUGGUUUGGGGUUUUUGCCACAUACAGGUCUUCGUCCUAUUAGGUCAAGCAAUAACAUUACUGUGCAUCCGACUCCAGGUCAAGGUUAUGUUCCUAUUGCUGCAAAAGGCCAUAAAGAGUCGGUAUAUGCAUUAGCCACAAAUGACCGUGGCACUCUUCUUGUCUCUUGUGGUACUGAGAAGGUUGUGCGUGUUUGGGACCCGAGAACUGGUUCUAGAACCAUGAAGCUUCGGGGGCAUACUGAUAACAUUAGGGUUCUGCUGUUGGAUUCUUCUGGCAGACUUUGCUUAUCUGGGUCCUCUGAUUCCAUGAUUAGGCUGUGGGAUCUUGGUCAGCAGAGGUGCAUUCAUUCCUAUGCUGUGCACACAGACUCUGUCUGGGCCCUUGCCAGUACCCCAACAUUUAGUCACGUUUAUAGUGGUGGAAGGGAUCUUUCUUUGUAUAUGACAGACUUGUAUAAAAGAGAAAGUGUGUUGCUAUGUACAGAAGAGCAUCCAAUCUUGCAACUGGCCUUGCAUGACAAUGGGAUUUGGGCUGCCACAACAGAUUCUACUUUACAUAAUUGGCCGGCUGAAGCACAGAAUCCUAUGAAAGUAUUUGAAAGAGGUGGUUCUUUCUUGGCUGGCAAUUUGUCUUUUUCGAGGACAAAGGUUUCACUCGAAGGUUGUACACCGAGCCCUGUUAGUAGAGAACCAUCUUUAAGCAUUCGUGGAGCUUCAGCUAUCGUGCAGCAUGAGAUUUUAAAUGAUAAAAUGCAUGUUCUGACCAAGGACGCUGCCGGGACAGUGAAAUUGUGGGAAAUUACAAGAGGUGCAGUAAUUAAAAACUAUGGCGAGAUUUCAUUUGAGGAAAAGAAAAAAGAACUGUUUGAGAUGGUGUCCGUACCUUCAUGGUUCACAAUAGAUUCAAGGCUUGGGAGUUUGUCGGUGCACUUAGAUGCACCACAAUGCUUCACUGCUGAGAUCUACUCUGCUGACCUAAACAUUCCAGGAAAAUCGGACGAUCACAAGAUCAGUUUGGCUACGGAAACAAUUAAAGGGCUGCUGGAACGUUGGCUAGCGAAAAGAAAGAUGAGAUCCGAACCUCAAAUUUCAGCUAAUGGCGAGAUUCUACCAGGAAAUGAAAUGCCUGCGAUAACCACGAGCCUAUCUGGCGUAGACGGAGACAGCAAUUUGGAAAAUGAUUCUGCCACCUAUCCGCCAUUUGAGUUUUCCAAGACUUCCCCUCCUGCCACCUAUCCGCCAUUCGAGUUUUCCAAGACUUCCCCUCCUUCCAUUGUUACCGAAGGCUCUCAUGGAGGUCCAUGGAGAAAGAAAACUACUGAUCUAGACGGAACUGAAGACGAGAAACACUUUCCAUGGUGGGUUCUUGACUGUGCGACGAGUACUCGCCCGAGAGAAAUUACCAAAUGUUGUUUCUAUUUGCAUCCAUGCGAAGGUUCUACUGUUGAGGUUCUCACUCAAGGGAAACUCAGUGCUCCUCAUAUUUUGACAAUAUAUAAAGUCAUUAGUUAUGUGACACAAAAGAUGGUUAAGAAUUCGCAUAAUAAGGGUCCAACAGCCGUCGAAGCUCAGAUUCCUCCUCCAGUAGCCGGUAAUGGUUCUGAAGUAGUAGCCCGUGAUGAUUCGGGACAGAAACUUUCGCAAAGAUUGAAGCACAAUGUAGAGAUUUUUUGCAAAAACCAUGUGUUAAGUCCGGAGAUGAGCUUAGCAACUGUUAGGGCGUACAUAUGGAAGAAAGCCGAUGACCUUGUCCUUUAUUACAGAGUGGAGGAGGAGGACGACGAAGACAAUAGGUGACAUAACUUAUUCAAAUCAAAGGUGACCUGAGGCGUACAUGACCAGGAUUGGCUGUUAUAAUCACCACUUCCGUCUAUAAGAUUUUGACUAACUUGAAUGUUUGCAAAUAGUUUAUUCUUAAUUUCAUUCCAUAUCGAUGGUUAAAAUUGAUAAGAAUGUAUUUGUUAGUUUGAGG